AUGGCGUCGACAAUCCAGCUGGCCGACUACCUGUUCCUCCGCCUCCGCCAACUCGGCGUCGGCGCCAUCCACGGCGUGCCGGGCGACUACAACCUCACUCUGCUGGACCACGUCGAGCCCUCGGGCCUGCGGUGGGUAGGCAACGCCAACGAGUUCAACGCCGGCUACGCGGCCGACGGGUACGCGCGCAUCAAGGGCCUGGGCGCCCUCGUCACCACCUUUGGCGUCGGCGAGCUGUCCGCCAUCAACGCCAUCGCGGGCGCCUACACGGAGCGCGCCGCCGUCGUGCACAUCGUCGGCACGCCCCCCCGCGCGGCGCAGGACUCGCGCCUCCUGAUCCACCAUACCUUCAACGACGGCGAGUACGGGCGCUUCGCGCAGAUGCACGCGCACGUCACCGUCGCCCAGACGCGGCUCCGGGACCCGCGGAUGGCCCCGCGGCAGAUCGACGAGGUGCUGCGGCAGUGUCUUUUGUAUAGUCGUCCGGUGUACAUUGAGAUGCCUGUUGACUUGGUGGCGGCGUUGGUGCCGGACGAGACGCUACGGGUGCCGUUGAUUCGACAUGAAGUAGAGGAGCUCGUAGCGGCCGACGACCUGAUCCCGGGCCUAGACCAAGUCCUCGACGAAAUCUUGCGUAGGAUCGAGACUGCGAAACAGCCCGUCAUUCUCGUCGAUGGAGAGAUACGCCCGAUGGGCAUCGUCGGCGAGGUGCAGCAAGUCGUCGACAUGACGGGCUGGCCGACCUGGACGAGCACGUUUGGCAAAGGCCUGCUCAACGAGACGAUCUCAAACUUCCACGGCGUCUACCAGGGCAGCUACGGCUCGCCUGCCGUACACGCUUUCGUGCAAGAGGCCGAUCUGGUUCUGUUCUUCGGCCCUCACCUCAGCUCGACAAACACCUACGCCUUCUCUAGCAUCCCACCCGCCGAAGCCACCAUCUCCUUCACCGACACCGAGGUCAAGAUGGGCGCCAAGACGUUCCGGGACGUGCCCGCCAGGGUAAUUACCUCGCUGCUGGUGCAGAGGCUGGGCCAUUCUUCUACUUCUUCUUCUUCGCUGCCAACGACGACGACGACGACGAUGUGGAAGCGCUACGACCCGUAUCCCGACUUGCCUCGCGACUACAGCCUCUCCCUGACGGAUGGCUUUGUCGACGACACCGCCACCAGCCAUCUCACCCAGGACAAGCUUUGGCGCGUGCUGGCCAACUUCCUCUGCCCUGGGGAUAUUGUGCUCGGCGAGACAGGCACGGCGGGCUACGGCGUCCGGGAGAUGCCGCUGCCGCGCCACGUCCGCGUCUUCGCGCCCGUUACAUGGCUCUCCAUCGGUUACAUGCUGCCGGGCGCGCAAGGGGCCGCUCUCGCGCAGCGCGAACUCGCCGAGGAGUCUUCAUCCUCAUCCUCGUCGUUGGAGUCGUCGGCGGCUGCGCGGUACUCUGGCCUGGGCGGCGUCGACGAUGCCGCCCGCACGGUGCUCUUCAUCGGAGACGGGAGCUUCCAGAUGACGGCGCAGGAGCUCGCGACCAUCAUCCGUCUCCGCCUCAACGUCGUCAUCUUCCUGAUCAACAACGACGGCUACACCAUCGAGCGGUGCAUCCACGGGCGCCGGCAGGGGUACAACGACGUGUCGCCCUGGAGGUACCUACAAGCCCCCAGCUUCUUCGGCGCCGGGCAGGAGGAGGAGGAGGGAGGCGCUUACACGUGUCGGGCCAGCACGUGGGCUGAGCUGCGAGAGAUCCUCAACGACGAUAGAGUCGCCGAUGGACGGGGGCUGAGGAUGAUUGAGCUCAUGGUCGGGCGCGAGGAUGCGCCGCAGGGGCUGCUGCGGGACUUGCUUGAAAAGCAGAAGGCGCGGAGUGAGUCGUGA